AUGGUACCUUUAUUGGAGAAGCUUUUGAGGGAUGUUGAAGAGGUAGAACUGGGUGGGUUUGAGUUGGGAGCCAAUGACAGGGAAGUCAUUCUUGUCACAAUUUAUUGCCUGGUCAUCGCAAAGGCCGAAUAUGUGGGUUCAGUGUUGCCGUACAACCACCUAAACGUGCGUUUAGUUUAUGAUGACAAAGUCUUAGACACGCCGGAAGUAGCACAUGCAAAAGCAGCACACCUCGCGACUCAAGCGUACGAGGCAGCAAGGAAUACGCUUGGUUACGCUCACGUUCCGGCUCUACUCCGUGUUUAUGCACCUGCAGUUGGCGCGCCCAUUGGUGUUGAUGGACGUGUUGUCGAUACACCUGAGGUCGCAGAAGCAAAGGCUGUUCAUCUAGCCACACACGCGCUGGAGGCUGCAAAGAAACUAGGACUAUACCCAUAUGGUGCUCUAGCCUAUACCUCAAUACCUUAUAUUUAUGGGUCUAAUCAUGGUGCCCCCCUUGGUCCCGAUGGAAGAGUAGUGGACACCCCAGAAGUUACAGAAGCAAAGGCAGCUCAUUUAGCUGCACACGCUCAAGAAGCUGCCAAAAUUUCUGGAAAACGCUAA